AUGGCAGAGAUAUUGAAAAACGUUAAUAAAAAACGGGCUACAGAUGAAGUAAAAUACUAUGCUUUAUACGCAUAUUACUUUCUUGGUCAAAGCAAGACUCAAGUUGCAAGAACUUACAAUAAAAGUAUUUCUUCAGUCACGAAUUGGAUCAACUAUUACGAAGCAAAUGAUACUCUGGUUCGACCAUCGAGAGUUCGAAUUCCAUCAAAAUUCAACGAGGAGAAAAUUCAGUGGCUACUGGAUUUGUACCAUGAAAAUCCAAUUUUGUACUUGGACGAGGCAAAAUAUGAGUUCCACGUUCGCUUCAAUAUUUCCAUUUCGACAUCGCACAUCUGUAACAUUUUACACGCAAACAACAUGUCGUGGAAGACGCUGGAGAGAAGAGCCGUUCAAAUUCGAGACACAGACAUUGUGAAGUUUAUGGCUGAGCUCAACUGUAUUGAUUGGGACUACAGCAAUUUAGUCUUCCUAGAUGAAAUAUCCAUCGACAACCAAGGUCUAAUGCGAACAAAGGGUUACGGAAUUAUCGGGCAGAAGCUGUUAUAUCGUGGAAAGUUCAACAGAAAGCCACGUAUGUCAAUGCUAGCGUUCUUGGGUCAAAAUGGAAUUUUGGAGACAUAUGUUACAGAGGGCACCUUCAAUCGGUUAAAAUUUUUCGAUAACUGCAAGGACUUUGCACUUUCCGGAAUUUGCCAGAAAUAUCCCGGACGUAACUCAGUAUGGAUAUUGGACGGAGCAAAAAUCCAUUGUCAUGCCAGCAUAAUUCGGUAUUUGAGAUCCCUUGGAAUUGUACCGAUUUUUCUCCCGGCGUACACACCAUUUUUCAAUCCAAUUGAGUAUGUGUUUGGAUAUGUGAAAAAGCAUUUGAAACGACAGAACGCGGGGAGCAGAAAUAACAUGGAUAUUCUGGUCAACGAAGAAUUUACACGAAUGAGACAAUUUCCAUGCACAAAAAUCUUCAAGAAAUGUGGGUAUGUUCUUAGCGGAAAGUUUGACCCGGACACAGCUUACCAACAGAACGUCAAGGAUUUUGGUUUCAAAAAUUGA